GCAGGGAUGCUGCGCCUAAACCCCCUCUACCUGAGGAGAACAGCAUCAUCCUCCGAGGGGAAGGACGAAAGUGGGGAGAAGGCGGCCGAGCUCGCACAGAGCCUGCUGAGCUCUUCCGAGGACUGCCCGCCUGACACCCCAGCAAAGUUUCCGGACCUCGGUGACGAGAGGGGAGGAGGGAUGUGAGAUCCUUCUCCUCCCAGCGCACAGCUGGGCUUCCACUCCUGGCAUUGCUGGGACUAGCCAUGGCUUUGUCAUCCCGGACCGAAGGGUGAAGGGGAGACCCGGGGCACCCGUUCUCUCCAUCGCUUUCCCUGGCUCCACGUUCCAGCCCAGGGAUUUCCAGGCAGGAGGAGACCGGAGCUAGCCUUCUCAUCACAGCAUACACCCCCUGAGGAUUGAAGUGACCUCUGAGACCCAUCUCAACAUGUUCAGCGAAAAGAGCAGCGCCUCUUUGUCCCAAAAACCCAUUCAGAAAAAGACCCGGCCUCAGGGCCUCCCCUCCCCUGCUCUCUGCUGCGCUUGCGGACUUUGCAUCAUGCUGGCAGGGAUCAACAUCACUUUAGUGGGAGCAUUUGCCUUUGGGACCUUCCUCCCUGUGAACAACCCUCCCAUCAUCAUUGGACCCAUCCUGUUGGUGGUGGCCUUCACGUUCUUCGGUGCCUGCUGCAUCUGCAGCCGGAGGCCCCCCGCUCAUGGGGCCAGGAAAUCCAAACCAGGUUCCAACACUGGGCUCAUCAAACCUGGCAACACAGCCUUUGAAAUUGAAACUAGUGAGCACACGGUGCAGGAUACCACUGCUGUUCAGCUGAGCCCCACAAAUUCCCCCAUCUCCUCCAAAAAGUCCACACCGGUUCAUGAGAACGCCAAGACUUGCAAACUCUUCACCAUGGAAGGCAACGGGCCAGUGGCCAAAUACACCACAGGAGGAGAGGCCAUACAGCUCAACUUGCCCAGGGACCUGGCUGCAUCCUAAACCCAGGCAGAGCCUUUGUCAGCAGCCAGCCAAACGCUGCCGUGGGUGGGCUGGAAAACCCUGGUGUACCAUCAGUCAGAGGUGUGGGGAAGGUGCUUGUGAAAAGCCAGUAGACAGUCAGGUCUCUCUGGACCAAUUUAAGGGAGGAGGAUGCAACAGCUGAAAAAAAAUACAGAUUUUUGCUGAAACACGCCCAUUAUAUGUUUUUAAAAUAAAAUUGAUAAUGAUGUUGCCAUGAAAAGAUGACUCUGAGUUCCUGGAAAUACACUGCCUUUUUUUGGGGAGCAGAUAGGAAGAGGGGAACGAAUUGAUUUGUCUAGUUUAACGUGGAAAUGUGAUGGUUGGAAGAAGAGGCUACAUGGGACUGACAAAUGACAGAUUUUUCUUCUCAGAAGUGAAGCAAUUCUUGGACAUAAAAGAAGCAGGAAUGCAGUAAAUUACAGCUUGCUGCUGCUCAGUCACAAGAAGAUUUGAGCAUUUUUAGUGCCAGACUUUUUGACAGUAGGGACAAAGCUAUGUGUUUGCUAUUGAAAAAGCAUUGUGAAACAAUCUCCCCUCUGUUGAAAAUCCCUGCAACAUCUUGCCUUCGUCUGGGUGAUUUUACCACCCAUUCUAAGAGAAGGAAUCACAAGGAUCACAAUUAGCCUUGGUGUUUUCCUCUUUUGUUAAUGAGUUUGAGCUCCAGCUGUGCUACUCCACAAAGUAUUUAUCUUGGAAGGUCAGGCAGGCUGAAUCCUGGAGUAACCAGAGACUAACAGGAACCUGCAAAUGAAAUUUUUGGGCAAUGAUUAUGUACUGAGCGCUAGACAACUUCCUUCCCAUAUUCUUGUGGAAGGCUGGCCUGGGACACAUAUCACCUUGGGGCAGCAAGUAGAUAGCUGUGUGGACUUCAGUAUAGCUGUGCUGGAAGAUGGUGAGUGGAUCUCAUUCCCUGAAGUGACUCUGGGAUCCAUUACAAGGAGUGGAUCUCCUUGCUGCAGGAAACGGGAUGCUCAGUGUGCUCAUGGGCUUGGAAAGCAAUGGGAUGAGCUUGCAGAUGGGAACUUACUAAGAGCUGUUCUAAGCAAAGACACCCCCUCUGCCCUGGAAAGACCCCAAUCUGAUGAAUUAGUGCUGCAAAGGAUUUGUGUUGGGCCACAAGCAGAGCUCUGCAUGACCAGGCUGUGAGAGCCACAUGACUGGUGUGCUGGUUAAGCGAGGGCACGUGUGGCCGUGGGGGAGCUGCAGAGAAGAGCCUCAGUGCUGUGCAGUCCAUGCAUGUGGUGUCCUGGUUGCUCUGGGCAGCCACUGUGCAGCUGAUGACCCCUUCAUGAACUUGGGUAGGAUGAGGUUGGAUUGAAAAAUUCCUUCAUGAAAGGGGACUGAACGCUCAGUCUUAAUGUGGGUCCUCCUUGAGUGCUGCAACAGUUUGCUGCCUUCAACAGCUCCUUCCACACCAAGUAAUUGCGUCUGUGAUUUUAGCAGGGCUGGUCUAUACUGGCUAGAAGGAGAAAAGGCAGGCUGGGGAGAAGGAUAUUUGUGUGGGCCUGGGGAGAUGUGGGUUCAAGUGUUUGGUGCAGCCUCCAGGUCUUGGGCAACUCGUUUAGUUGUGCUGCCGCUCAGCUCCCUGCCUGUGCCAAAGGGAAAACACCUGCUCCCAGCUCCACUUAAAGCUGCUUUAGAGAUGAGCAGCAAGGUUGGUAUUAGCACACCUGAGUCUGGAGAUUGCUUGAAGGUGGAUGAGCCUGUGUGGUCUGAUCUCUGCAUGAUUUCCUUCAGAGCUUGUUCUCAUGGUGAGCUCUGCCUCCAGCACUGCCUGCCAUCGGCACGCAGGGACUGCUGUGCUGAGCAAAAGGCUCCCGUGAUUUUUGUCUGCCCGUGAGUGCUGUAGCAACAGCUUGUUGAUGUAGGUUUGAUUCCCAGCUUGCCUUUUGGAACAGCAAACAACAGUUUGGAAGUCCUUUAGAGGCUUUUCCCACAUGAAUGUGGUUACUGCAGCACUUUUCUUUGAGCACUUGGAGCCAAAAAAGUUGGUAAAAUCAAGUGGUAACCGUACAGCUCCUUUUUUUAUUCACUGAAGGCGUGAAAGCCAAGUCUGGAAUGCAUACGGGAACCACUCCUUAUCACAGCUGCACCAUGAAAUGCUUCCAGUGAUGGACAAUACCAUGGCUGAUCCCAUACAAGUCAAAGGCCCUUUGGGCAGGAAAGAGGACAGGAGCAGAAUUUUGAGGGGGCCAGUUAGGAGUUUAGUGUGGUUCACUGGCACUGUGGCAUCACAACCAGUGCCAUGUAGGGAGCCCUGACACAGCCCUAGGACCUGGCACAUCCUGUGCUGCCCAUACCUGUGCUUUGGCACCACGAAGCCAGUGUUGCUCUGGGAGCUGAAAUCCUUGGGAUCCAAGAGAUAACAACCAGCAGAGAUGGAACCUGGGCAAGCAGAGGUGUAGGACGAGUGAGAUGCUGAUCCCCUGGUGCAGUGGGUCUGUCCCCCAGGCUGUGACCCCAGCUGCCUGCCUGCAGAGCCAGGUGGGCCCCAGAACAUCUGCUGCCUUCCUGCCUUUGCCACCUUCUUGUCCUUUGGAAUUUCCACGUCUGUCUGUCUGUUCUCCACCUCUGUGACUGGCUGUUACUGAUGUUGUUGUGAAUCUCGUGCCUCCUUGUGUACCGGGAGACAAGGGAGAGUUUCUUGUUCUCCAAGUCAGCGUUUCUGGUGUGAGUCUUUUUUUUUGAAAUUGCUAUUUCUGUGUGUGCAACGUGGAAUUUGGAAAAGACAGACCCAUUAAAAUAAUUGCACUCAGAAA